UAGACUGGGCUUCAGGGCCUGAAGGAGUUAAUGCAAUCAGGAAGUGAGAGAGAAACUCUGCAUAAGUGCACAGUGGAGUGGAAGGGAAAGGAGCCUGUAGUUGGCCACACUGCUCGGUGAAGCCUCACGAUGCCGCCGGAGAUCCCCACGCUACGAUCCUUGGGCAGUCAACAAAAGAUUUACAUCAUCUUCUGCAACCAGAGUCCCCGCACCGUGCAGCCCAUCUGGGUGAACUUCAAGGGGGACCCGGAGCCCUACCCAACUCUGCCCCCCGGCACUGAGCUCAGGAUGAUCACCUAUCUGGAUCAUAUUUGGGUUUUCCGUGACGUUGAGACAGACGUGGCCCUGACGGUAAACAAUAAGGAGAUAUAUCUGCCUUCCCCUAAUGAGAACGGGCCGCCAGCCGUUGUGAACAUCUCUUUGCCAGUCUUCAGCCUGAAAGAUCGCUGCCUGCAGGUGGUCAGGAGUCUGGUAAAGCCAGAAGAUUACAGAAAGCUGGAGAUUGUGGCGUCCCUGUAUGAAGACCUUGAAAACCGCCCAAAUAUCACUAAGGACUUGCGCAGACUAGCAAUUGGUUUCUGGGAACAGAGUAGAUUAGAAGACGUCGAAAGCUGACCGCUAAACUGAAGACAGUGCAUUGGGAAAAGUUCUUCUGUAUAAUUGUGCGAUUCUUCUUACGCCCCAGAUGGGUGAGGAGGUGGUGAGGGGCCAAUUCUCGUUCGCUAUAACUCAUACUCUCCCUUCUCCAGCUCUAUAAAGUGUCGCGCCAUUUACUACAGAUGGCAGGAGCCGCGCCAUUUACUACAGAUGGCAUUAGUUACUGCAGCGCCAUGUACUACAGAUGGCAUUAGUUACUGCCGCGCCAUAUACUACCAAUGGCAUUCGUUACUGCAGCGCCAUAUACUACAGAUGGCAUUAGUUACUGCAGCGCCAUAUACUACAAUGGCAUUAGUUACUGUAGCGCCAUAUACUACAGAUGGCAUUAGUUACUGUAGCGCCAUAUACUACAGAUGGCAUUAGUUACUGCA